AUCCCUCAGCAGCAGCAACAACAACAGCAGCAGCAGCAGCAGCAACAGCAACAUCUGCAGGUGUACGGUGACCCCGAUGACUUCACAAGGAUGAACCCCGUCUCCAGCCAUGCGGCCGCGGCGGCAGCCAUUUUGGCAAUGGACCCCACCCUGAACCAGUACUACGAGGAGCUCGGGCUCGAUGACCCGGACACCGCCCUCAUCCGGCCGGAGAUGCUGGUCGCCAACGAGUCGUUGCUACAGCAGCGCGAACAGGACCUCAACAUCACGCCCUCCUCCGGAUUAGGCGUGCAACCAAACUUCAUCUUCCCCAAUCGCAUGCUGAGAGGCGGGGCGUCCGCCUUAGGUGGCGUGGCCUCUACUCUAGGGGGCGUUUCCUCGACUCUAGGGGGCGUUCCCUCUGCUCUAGGGGGCGUGUCCAUGUCGGAAUCGCUGUCCAUCCUAUUCGAUCAGCCGUCUUUCUCGCCCACCCUUUCUCAGCACCUCUCUCAUCAGUCGCUCAUGACGCCGAAGAGUAUGGGCGGAAACGGCAUCGGCAUGUCCAGCUCCCAGACCAGCGGCCCCAGUGCUAGCGCCACAGUCGGCAGCCUCUACUCACAAAGUUCUGUCCCCAUGCACCAUCUAGGCAUGGCCGGCCUGACCACAGCCACCUCCAGCCGGAGCACCGUCGGAAGCAACUCAUCCCCCAUCGACGUGGACUCAUACUCCGUGAAGAAAGAGGCGGACGAGGGCAGCAGUAGCACCCUCCCGCCACCCAGCCCCAGUUCCAGUUCCCUCCAUUCCCCUACCACGAGCGAUGCCGGCUCCGACGCGCUGGAUUCCGCCCGCCGCGGCGUGAAAAGAUCGCUCUCCGACGCCUCCAGCGACAACAAGCCGUCCACUUCUGGCCUCAACGGGUCAGGCACGGCGGGGCCCAGCACUAGUAGCGGCGCCAGUGGCGGACCCAGCCCUUCCAAAAGCAAAGCAGACCCCAACAAAGACCCAGCCUACUUAGAAAAACGACGCAAAAACAACGAGAGUGCUAAACGGUCGCGCGAGGCGCGGCGCAGCAAGGAAGAGAUGGUGGCCCUGAGGGUGGUUACUCUCGAGGAGGAGAACAUGAAGUUGCGCGCUGAGAGCUCUCUGCUGGAGAAAGAGCUUGACGAGCUCAGACACCGCCUCUUUAACUAGAUACACCGCUCCCACAGACCCCUGGCUGGCCGCACAGCACGGCAGUCUACGCACAUAUGAUGUUGUGGAGACUUCUCUUCAGACGACGAACUGACUGUUUUCUAAAAUUACAAAUGUGCGUACCUUUUUGUGGCAGCUUUUACUUCACUUCAAAUUCAAAUGGCAUUACCCCUCUAAUUGGUGGUAAUAUACAGACCAAUUGACAGAAUCCAGCUGAGGUUCAACUACACUUGAGAUAAGACACACAUGGACCAAAAAAUCAAACGUAUUCGUCGUAUAUUUACUUCUAUACAACAUGUAUGCUAUGAUCUCUGCCUUCUUUUUUUCUUCCAUUUCAUCAUACUCAAGUAAGCACUCAGACUGCCAAAUGACACACCUGUGUCUACAGAGAUACAAAGAA